AAAUACCCCGCCGGGAAGGCGCACGUCCAACACAUCUCGGAGCGGACCCGACGUCAUGAAGCUCUGCGCUCUGCUCACCUUUGGCAGCCUGCUUGCCUUUGUUGGCGGCACCAGUCGCGACUACAACGCACACUGCCGCUGCCUGCGGAUGGAGACCAAGAUCAUCCCACCUGGGAACUUGCGGAGCAUCAAAAUGAUCCCCGAGGGGCCGCAUUGCCCGCAGGAGGAGAUGAUAGCCACCCUGGUGAGUGGUGAGCGGAUCUGUCUGGACCUUCAGUCAUCGUGGGUGAAGAAGCUGGUCCGCUUUAUCCUCAAGAAGGAGUUCCGUCAGCGGCCCGCCGCACAUUUCCGGAUUCUGGCAUGAGGACUGCCUUCUUCUUGUAAAUAUGCUGUAAACGCUACUCAUCGAAGGUUGGGUUUAUUCAGCCCAAAUUUCGCCACUAGUCACAAUUGUGACAACCAAAUGUUCUGA